GUUGAAAAGGUAGCAAGCUUUCUUCGAAAUGCGUUGAUAAAAGGGCGAGUUUGUUUGGUCCUUUGGGAAUGUAGUGCUUCUUCUCCUUCCACCUCAAGUUUCUUCUCUCUCUCUCUAUCUCUCUUUUUCCACAAGCUAGCUUCUAAUAAUUAACCUUCAUCAUAUCAUAUCCCUCUCUCCACUUUCCUACAAGCCUUUUUUCUCUCUAUUAUCUCCCACAAAAGUAGUGUUCGUGACUUUGUGUCUCCUUUGCGAGCAACAGGGAGAGGCUCUUGUGAGUGGUUCAUUCACAAAUAAUGGCACUAGAGGCUGUGGUUUUCCCGCAAGAUCCAUUUGCGUAUGGUUGCAACAAGGAUUAUUUGUACUCCUUAGUUGGAGCAACACCCACCUACGGUAAUUUCCAAGCAGCGGAAGAAGAGAAAGUCCUCCUAGGAAUCAUCAACAACAACAUAGAACACAACCUUUAUGCAAAUUGGGAUUCAUCUUCUACCUCAAUGUUGCAAAAUGUCAAGGAACAACAAUGGGAUUCUCACUCCUCCCCUGAAGCAUGCACCGUUGAACAAUCCGUGACAACCCCUUCUUUUCCUCCUUCUCCUCCUCCUUCUUCCUCCGUGGAAGCCACCGUGACCACCACGAGCCGCCGUAAACGACGCCGCACCAAGAGCGCCAAGAACAAGGAGGAAAUCGAGAACCAGAGGAUGACGCACAUUGCUGUUGAACGCAAUCGCCGAAAACAGAUGAAUGAGUACUUGGCCGUGCUCCGAUCCUUGAUGCCUUCCUCUUAUGUUCAAAGGGGUGACCAAGCCUCUAUUAUUGGAGGGGCCAUAAACUUUGUGAAGGAGUUGGAGCAGCUUUUGCAGUCGAUGGAGGGCCAAAAGAGAACGAACCAAGGGAAAGAGAAUGUUGUUGGGUUAAAUGGGACGUCGACAACAACAACAACAACACCCUUUGCUGAGUUCUUCGCGUUUCCUCAAUACACGACACGUGGUACGACGAUGGCACAGAACAACCAGGAGCAGAAACAGUGGGCCGUAGCAGACAUUGAAGUGACCAUGGUGGAUAACCAUGCCAAUCUAAAGGUACUAUCAAAGAAACAACCUGGGCAGAUUAUGAAGAUCGUUGUUGGGCUUCAAAGUCUCAAGCUCAGCAUUCUCCACCUUAAUGUUUCCACUCUUGAUGAUAUGGUCCUUUACUCAGUUAGCGUCAAGGUAGAGGACGGGUGUCUGCUGAACACGGUGGAUGAAAUUGCGGCUGCAGUGAAUCAACUAUUACGCACAAUCCAAGAAGUUACUUUCAGCUGAUCCAUUGAACUCGAAAUUAAUUUUGUUUUGAUUUAAAAGAGUUUUCUAUCCUUCUCUUCGUUUAGUAUUUGGGGAUAUCUGUGAUUGUGUCCAUUGCAAUAUUGGAGGGGGUUAAGGUUAACAAUGUUGCUCUUUAUUUUGUUCUAUAGUCCACCCUCGUCUAAUACCCUUUUUAUCCGUCCUAGUUGAAAUGCGUAAGGUUGUAUGUACAUCCAAUUACCUAACAAAUCUCAAGUGAAAAUACAAGUCCAUUUCAAUAAGCCGGGAGUUUAUCCUCUA